CCUGAAACAACAGAUGUCUAGCGCGUUAAAUAAGUCCCAAACCAAAAGCAUCUUUCCUUUUCAACAGGCUCUCAACUUAAUGCUUUAAAUUCUGUUUACAAGUGUUGAUUAUAAUUGUUUAUUAAAAUAUAUUAAAAUAAUAAUUUUUAAUUUUUUAAAAAUUAUUGUUGAUAUUAAUAUAUAUAUUAACUAAUCUAAAAAUAUAAAAAAAAAUUAAUUAAAAAAAAUUAAAAAAAAAUUAAAUUUUUUAACGUAAAAACAAAGAAUACCUUACUCAGAAUUAACCCGAACAAACUCCAAAACUCUCUCUCACUCUCUUUUGUCGAAAAGUUGCUUCGACUUGACAACUUCAACGAAGUCUCCGAAAGAAAUUUCCCACAGCAGCUCACUUUUCUCUUUCUGACAGCGUAUCAUCCUCUCUUUCAACGGAAAAUAUGACCUCAGUCGUUCAGGGAUUCACUAAGUCGCUUGCGAUGACAGUGCUAUCGGAGAUCGGCGACAAGACUUUUUUCGCUGCCGCGAUCUUGGCCAUGCGUCACCCGAGAAGACUUGUUUUGUCAGGUUGCCUAGCGGCUUUGAUAGUUAUGACUAUCCUUUCUGCUGCUGUUGGCUGGGCUGCUCCAAAUCUGGUAAGCGGUCUAUUGGAGGCCUAUAUAGUUUUGCGUAUCUCUCGUGCGUGGACUCAUCACAUAACAACAAUAUUGUUUUUUGGAUUUGGGCUUUGGUCCUUGUGGGAUGGAUUUAAUGACAAAGGGGAGGCUGAAGAAUUGGCAGAAGUUGAAGCAAAAUUGGAUGCUGAUUGGAAAGCUAACACAGGAACGGCCAAAGCUGGUAGCAAGGACAGUGACGAAUUCAAAAAGCAGAGGCGGACAUUUCUUUCACAGUUCUUCUCACCUAUACUCUUGAAAGCAUUUUCCAUUACAUUCUUUGGUGAAUGGGGUGACAAGAGCCAGAUAGCCACCAUUGGUUUGGCUGCUGAUGAGAACCCGUUUGGUGUUGUUAUAGGUGGAAUUGUAGGGCAAGCACUGUGUACUACUGCCGCUGUCAUCGGUGGAAAGAGCUUGGCAUCUCAAAUAUCUGAGAAAAUAGUUGCGUUGUCAGGUGGAGUUCUUUUUAUUGUUUUUGGAAUCCAAUCCUUCCUUUCAACGGUUGAGUAGACCACCCAUCAUCUAACACGUAGGUGGUGGUUAGGUGUAUUAGCGACUUUCAUACAUUAAGUAGGUGAUCAUUCUCCGAAGGACGCAGCAAGAUAUGGUUAUUUACAAGAGCAAUUGCUCAACUCAUAAAUUUCCUGAUUCAAAGAGCAGUAGCAUGUUUGAUUAUCAAAACCAAGAGCGUGUUCUAUGCUAUUUAAAUUAUAUUCUGUUGGAUCUUGAUAUAUCUUAAAUUGAAUGAAGCAUUCUGAGGCACCGAAUUUGCCCUA